AUCUGAAGGAGCUGGAAAGAGCCAUGUAUACGGAGGCUGAAGACCAGCUGUUUAGGGAGAGGCUUUUGAGUGAGUUUCCCAAGUUGAAACCCAAGUUGGAGGAGCGCAUAAGAAAGCUCCACGAGCUUGCAGAUGAGGUUGACAGGGUUCAUAAGAACUGCACCAUCUCCAACAUAGUAGCCGGCACCACUGGCGCUGCAUCUGGCCUCCUGUCCAUCCCUGGUCUGGGUCUGGCACCUUUCACAGCAGGGGCCAGUCUGGUACUCUCAGCUGUUGGAGCGGGGCUGGGAGCAGCAUCUGCUGUGGCCCAAGUGUCCACCAGCAUCGUGGAAUACUCAAGCGAGUUGUCCGCAAAAGCCAAAGCCAGGCGCCUGAGAUCAACUGACUUUAUUGAAGAGGACAUAAUUACAAAGGUUCUGAAUUCUAGCAAACCCAAAUCUGCCUUAGCAUGUAAAUGCCUUAAAGACCUGCAAGACCUUGGAAACAAGGUUCGGGCCAUCAAGGUAGCCACAAUUAACCCUCAGCUAGUAGUCAAUGCCCUUCACCUCAUGAGAGGUAAGCCUGUCUCAGCUCAAAGUGCCAGGCAGGUGCAGAAAGCUUUUAAAGGCACUGCUCUGGCAAUGACCAAAGGAGCCCGGAUCAUGAGUGGGGCCUUAUCAGGUCUCUUCCUUGCGAUGGAUGUGUUCAGUCUUGUGAAAGAGUCAGGGCACUUGCAAGAGGGGGCCAAGACAGAGUCAGCUGAGGAGCUGAGGCAGCAGGCCCGGGAAAUGGAGAGAAUGUUGAAGAAGUUCACCAAGUUCUAUGAAAGUGUGAUGGAGGGCCUGACUCCAUGACCCCCGAGCAGGGCAGGGAGCAGGGAUAUGUGUGGAAGAAAGACAUAGAGGUACCUUAUUAGAGAGGAAAAGAGGGGGAAAUAAAGUUUUCGGGAUGGGUGUUGAGGAGUUUGGCAUUUCUGUAGCUGAGCCUAGUGAGGGAGGGGUUAAUGUGAUGGCAGAAGUGUGGCGGGGGGGAACAUUUGGCAAGUUGCUGGUGCUCUUUGGGGUCAGUGUGCGCUGAGAGACCAAUGAAGCUCCUAUGAAAUUCUAAAGGUGGUGUUGGAACAGUGGCUGAUUUGAAAAAAAAAGUGACGGUGGAGAUGGGGGAGAGUAGAAAAGAGAAAGCAGAUGCCAGCAACAGGUCAAGGAACCUUGCCAUAUGUCGAGGAGAUCAACCAGCAUGGGACCAAAAGACACCGCUUCUCUGAGUCUCACUGUCCUCAUCACCUGGGGGUGGGGGGUGGGGGACAGUGUAUUGCAGAUCCGUGUGGCUUUCCCAAUCUUGUCUUCUAGAGACUGCUUCAAUAAAUAUGGACUGAUGCAUCGUG